AUGGCUCCCAAAGUUCUCGUCGUGCUCACCUCUCAAGCCGAAAUCCCGGCUAACCGUGCUCGCACGGGGUGGUACCUGCCCGAAUUUGCCCAUCCACACGAUGUCCUGCACUCCAAGGUCUCGCUGACCGUCGCCUCGCCCAAGGGCGGCGAGGCCCCUCUAGACCCGAGCUCGGUCAAGAUGUUCGAGUCCGACCCCGUGGCGACGACGUUCCUAGCUGAGCAGAAGCCGCUCUGGACGAACACGCACAAGCUGGCGGACAUGGUGCCGCGCGCGAGCGAGUUUGAUGCUAUCUUCUAUGUUGGAGGUCAUGGCCCCAUGUUCGACCUUACCACCGACCCAACAAGCCUAGCCCUCAUUCAAACCUUCGCGGCAGCCAACAAGCCCGUCGCGGCAGUGUGCCAUGCGCCAUGCGUGCUGCUGAAUGCAACCGCUCCGUCAGGCGUGCCGCUCAUCUCCGGCGUCACGGUGACGGGGUUCUCGAAUGAAGAGGAAGACCAGGCGGGCAUGUCGUCUGUGGUGCCGUUCAUGCUGGAGACGGAGCUGGGACGCAUUUCGGGCGGGAAGUAUGUCAAGGCCGAUGCGGCUUGGGGGGAGAAGGUUGUUGUGUCCAAGGCUGCUGGGACGAAUUCGACGAUCAUCACGGGCCAGAAUCCGGCGUCGGCGACUGCGGUUGGGAAGGAGAUUCUUAAGGCUUUGGGGCUCUAG